ACAAACACAUAAAUUGAUGCUGCCAAAAUUUAUGUUAUUGAUGUGUUAUAAGAUUCAUGUUUUAUGUACUCAGUGAGAUUAUCAGGUCCGGGUUUAUGAUUAAUUCUUCCCUCAGGCGAAGAACGCACCUCGUUCAAUCUUUCUCCGUCGUCUUUCUUUACUGGUUCUACGUUUUUUCAUAAUUAAUAUUUCCCGAGCAAACAAAUCUCUCUUAUAUAUAAUACAUAAAUCGAAAUAAAUAUAUUAAAAAAGAAUAAAAAAAAAUAAUGGCGUCUUCGAGCGGAAACUCGGCCGGUUCGGAGGGCGGGGAUUUGCAGAACGUGAUGGAUCAGCGCAAGAGGAAGCGAAUGCUGUCGAACCGGGAAUCCGCGCGCCGGUCCAGGAUGAGAAAGCAGAAGCAUCUAGAUGAUCUGAUGGCUCAGGUUAACCAGCUCAAGAGAGAGAACGGUCAGAUUUUGACCAGCGUCAACGUCACUAAUCAGCACUACGUCCACGUGGAGGCUGAUAAUUCGGUCCUCAGGGCUCAGAUGAUGGAGCUCACCCACAGGCUACAAUCCCUCAACGAAAUCUUGAACUACAUCAAUUCCUCCGCCGAAAUCGCCGCCGCCGGCGGCGGCGGCGGGAGCUGCGUGUUCGGGGCGGAGGAGUUUCAGCACCAGGGUUUCGCCGACGGGUUCUUGAACAACAACCCGUGGAACAAUAUUGGUGGGAUUAACCAACACCCGAUUAUGGCCUCGGCUGAAAUGUUUGAUUAUUAAUUAUUGAUUAUUAUUAAUUAUUAUUAAUAAUCAUAAUUGGGGAUUAAUUGGGGAUUAAAAAAAAUGGUCAAAUUGUUGUUUGGCUAUUUCGUGGUUGUCGCGAUGUAAUUUUUAAUUAAUUUAGAUCAAUGAGUAUCUGGGGUAGGGAGGGACUAAUUAAAUAAUAUAUUAUUUUUAUUUAAAUAGUGAUAUUUAAUUGGAUUGGUCGUCUUUUUGUCCUUUGGAUGUAAGUUGUAUUCAUGUUGGCUUCAUCUAAUUAUUAAAAGAAAUUGUGUUCAA